CCUCAGGGAGGUGCGGGCCGGGCGGGGGGAGGUGACUUGAUGUCAUCCUGAGCAGCUGGGCGGCGGGUGCCGGUGCGCCCAGAGCCGGGGCUCCCGCGGCGUCGCGUCGUGCUGGGUCGGGUCCCACGACUUGAGGAGAGGUCCGCGCGCUGCUCGGGUCAGCCCAGAGCGUGCCAGCCGUCCGCACCCCGACCAGGGGCUGAGCUGGGGGCAUGCUCCGGCCCCUCCGGAGCCGAAGAGAGAACCCGGGAGCGCCGCCACCCAGCGCCAGCGCCCGGAGCGGAACCUCUGCGAAGGAGCCCUGAUCGGCGGCCCCCUCCCCACCCGCAGUCCCCUGUGGUCGGGGACGGAAGUCUGGGCUUCUGAGAAAACCAGGGUGGGAACUCUAACUGGACUCUUCGGGAACCCCAGGACCUGAGGCCUGAGCCAUCCUCCUCUCUACUCUGCUGCCCCCCAGGACUGGGCAGUUGCCGAAGGCCCUGGGGGGGGGCCCAGACUGUGGUUGUGUGCCCCCCCCCCGCCCCAGGAUGGGCCCAAGUUAGUCAGCCUCACCUCAUUCGGCAUCCUCCGGGCCCAGAGGGAACCCCAGGGGCCCCGAAGGCUUGACCCACCGCCUGGCCACCAUGGAGACAAAGCUGCCCCCUGCGAGCACCCCCACCAGCCCCUCUUCCCCUGGGCUGUCGCCUGUGCCCCCACCCGACAAGGUGGACGGCUUCUCCCGCCGUUCCCUCCGCAGGGCCCGGCCCCGGCGCUCCCACAGCUCCUCUCAGUUCCGCUAUCAGAGCAACCAGCAAGAGCUCACUCCACUGCCCCUGCUCAAAGAUGUGCCAGCCUCUGAGCUGCACGAGCUGUUGAGCCGGAAGCUGGCCCAAUGUGGGGUGAUGUUUGACUUCUUGGACUGUGUGGCUGACCUGAAGGGGAAGGAGGUGAAGCGGGCAGCGCUCAAUGAGCUGGUGGAGUGUGUGGGGAGCACCCGGGGGGUCCUCAUUGAGCCUGUCUACCCUGACAUCAUCCGCAUGAUCUCAGUGAAUAUCUUCCGGACCCUGCCACCCAGUGAGAACCCUGAAUUUGAUCCUGAAGAGGAUGAGCCCAACCUUGAGCCUUCCUGGCCACAUCUGCAGCUGGUAUAUGAGUUUUUCCUGCGUUUCUUGGAGAGCCCAGACUUCCAACCCUCUGUGGCCAAGAGAUAUGUGGAUCAAAAGUUUGUCCUGAUGCUCCUGGAGCUAUUUGAUAGUGAGGACCCCCGGGAGCGUGAGUACCUCAAGACCAUCCUGCACCGGGUCUAUGGCAAGUUCCUGGGGCUCCGGGCCUACAUCCGCAAACAGUGCAGCCACAUCUUCCUCCGGUUCAUCUAUGAACUCGAGCACUUCAAUGGUGUGGCUGAGCUGCUGGAGAUCUUAGGAAGCAUCAUCAAUGGCUUUGCGCUGCCCCUGAAGACCGAGCACAAGCAGUUCCUGGUCCGGGUCCUGAUUCCCCUGCACUCUGUCAAGUCACUGUCUGUCUUUCAUGCCCAGCUGGCAUACUGUGUGGUGCAGUUCCUGGAGAAAGACGCCACCUUGACAGAGCACGUGAUCCGGGGGCUGCUCAAAUACUGGCCAAAAACCUGUACCCAGAAGGAGGUGAUGUUUCUGGGGGAGAUGGAAGAGAUUCUUGAUGUCAUCGAGCCUUCCCAGUUUGUGAAGAUCCAGGAACCCCUCUUCAAGCAGGUGGCCCGCUGUGUGUCUAGCCCCCAUUUCCAGGUUGCAGAGCGGGCUCUGUAUUUCUGGAACAACGAGUAUAUCCUGAGCCUCAUUGAGGACAACUGCCACACUGUGCUGCCUGCUGUGUUUGGGACCCUCUACCAAGUCUCUAAGGAACACUGGAAUCAGACCCUGCUAAGAACCAUCGUAUCUCUGAUCUACAAUGUGCUCAAGACAUUCAUGGAGAUGAAUGGAAAGCUGUUUGAUGAGCUCACAGCCUCCUACAAGCUAGAGAAGCAGCAAUGUUUAGUGUCCCUGUGUUCCUGCCAAGUGCCGGGCCAUCCACGCCCAGCCCCCCACUGCCUCCUCCAGUCGUGCUCCCACGUCCUUCCAGGGAGCAGCAGAAGGCCCGGGAGCGUCAGGAGCUAUGGCAAGGCCUGGAGGAGCUACGGCUACGCCGGUUACAGGGGACCCAAGGGGCCAAAGAGGCCCCCCUCCAGCGGCUUACACCCCAGGUGGCCACCAGUGGGGGUCAGAGCUAGAGAUGCCCUAGAAGGGGAAGAGCUAAAUUCGGAGCUCUCGGUCCCUCCAUCCCCUCUCCUGCCCAGGGGCCCAGAGAGACACACACCUACCCCUGGCCUUGCCAGAGCGGGCCUGGAGGGCUCCCUGCCUGGCCCGGCAUGGGCAGCUUUUGCUAUGGGAAGAGGAGGAGAGAUGGUGGUCCUGGCAACAGAACUCUCAGGCCUUUGUGGCAGGACUCGACCAGGGCAGGCUUGACCAGGAAGCUGCCAUCAGGGACUGCACCUGCCCCGCAAAGCUGGGCUCCAGACUGCAGGCAGGUUCCCACCCCGGCUCCUGCCUAGAGCAAGGGCACUUAGCCCCUUGUCUGCCCUGCCUCGUGCCAGCACGAGGUCCUUUCUCACCCCACCAUGGGAUCCAUGGUCUAUUUAUUCUCCCCAGCUCACCCCCAACACAGAGGCUGUCCUGGGCCUGGGGCAUUUUCUUUCCCUCCUCUCCCUCACCCUGUACUUCCUUGUCCCCUUUUUAUUUAUUGGGCAGGGGGAGGGGUGAGGGCAUAGGCAGAAGAGAUUCCCCGUGUCCUAGGGUGGGGGGGGUGUCACAGUUACCAUGGUCUGUCCCCCUUCCCCUGCCUGGGGGUAGACUUAAUAAAGAGAGAAACUUGA